GAAUCAGAGGUUAUCUAUCUUUUUCAGUUCCGCCAGUUCGUGCGAGAGAAGACGCCAUUGUCAUCCGAGAAAGAAAAGCUUUGCCAAGAAAGCCAUGAGUCAGGUUGGGACAGACAGCUGUUAUCGUCAGCCAUAGCCACAGAGCUUUCUCUCUUAAACAUUAUUGUGAGGUUUCUUCUGCUUAUACGAUCUCCCAGCGGUUCAUAUGUAUUCAAUUUAUCAAUAAUGACUCCGCUUUCUUUUUCUUCAUCUUCAUCAAUCUAAAUACCAGAGAGUCUAUUCCCAGGUACAUAUUUUAGACCUCAAUUAUUGUUUGAACGGAUGUUUAGAACUAUAUUUGGGUUGAGUUGAGGCAAUUCAUUGUUUAUUUGAAUUUAUGGACCUUUUUCUUGUGAAUUUUGUUAUGCAAGCUUAGGGUUAGGGAUUGUAUCAUAGGGGUAUUUCGGUUUUGGGUUUCGGGUAAUUAGGAGGUAAAAGAGAUGAAAGGCCGGUCGCACCGUCUCCAGAGUUCUGACCCUCCCGAUGAUUGGGUUGAUGGUUCUUGGACUGUGGAUUGCGUAUGCGGUGUAAAUUUUGAUGACGGAGAGGAGAUGGUUAAUUGCGAUGAGUGUGGCGUGUGGGUGCACACCCGGUGCUCUAGAUAUGUUAAGGGAGAUGAUAUAUUUGUUUGUGAUAAAUGUAAGAUUAGGAAUAGUAGAAACGAGAGCGAGGAAACUGAGGUUGCACAAUUGUUGGUUGAGCUUCCUACUAAAACUGUUAGAAUAGAGAGUCCGUAUGCACCAAAUGGACCUCCUCGCCGUCCUUUUAGGCUUUGGACUGAUAUUCCAAUGGAGGAGAGAGUACAUGUUCAGGGAAUUCCGGGGGGUGAUCCUGCUCUGUUUGGUGGGUUGCCUUCUGUUUUUACUCCAGAACUGUGGAAGUGCACUGGCUAUGUGCCCAAGAAGUUCAAUUUUCGAUACAAGGAGUUCCCUUGUUGGGAUGAAAAGGAAGAUGAUGCUAAAUUGGAUGAAGACAAUGAGAAUCCUGUGGAUAAAGGGGCAGGUGUUCUGUUUUCUUUAUCAAAGGAGACUGUAUUUGCUACUCCCAUGGCCGCUUUGGUUGGUUUGAGAGGGAGGGAUGAGGAAGCUGCCCGUGACCGAAAGUUGUCUUUGACAGAGACAAAAAAGUGGGAGAGUGAGGGUCUGGAUGUUAGGCGUGCUCAGAAUGGCAUGAAGGAGAGUGGCUUACUCCGGUCUGUGGUGUUAAAUUCUGGUAAGCGGAAGAAAGAUGAUUCAGGAACGUCUAAAGAUAGAAGUGGGAAGAAGAAAGCCAGAACUGCGGAGAAAGAUGUUGAUGCUACUAACAGGAGAGGCACACAUUCUUCUAGAACAGUGUUUACACCAACCAGUGAUGCAAAACAAUUGGAAUUUUAUGAAGACAGAGCUCCAAAGUUUUCCAAGGGUGAAAGUCAAAGUACAAAGAGCAAGAAUUUGAAGGAGACUGUGGGUAGAGAACCUACAUCUGACCGUCGUCUUGUUCUUCAUAGUAAUCCUGGAAAGCAUUCUACAGAAGUGUUAUCAUCUGACAUGUCUAGACAAGAUUUUUCAGUUCGUACUGGACUGAAGGAAGACAAGAUUGGACAUCAGCUUCCUGCCGUGCUAGAAAGAUCUCCUAAACAUGAUGAUGCAGUUGGGUCGUCGUCUGGACAUGAUAAUACUGGAAAACUUCAUAUAAAGGCGGAGGGAGAUAGCACAACGGUCGGUAAGUUGGAUGAUGAUAGUUCCGAAGGUUCUGGUAAAAACAUUGGUCAACAUCUUGUUGAAAAUGUGUCUGGCAUUACACCAGAAGUUGAGGACAAACAGGUUCAAGAUUUUAGUGGUGAUGUGUCAUUGAAGUCUGAACAACCUGAUUUGGAAGUGGAAAAAGAAAAUGCUGAUGACAAAUCUGGGUCUCUGUUGAAUAUUCAGUUUUCUCCUUGUGGUGAUGCAAAAGAACUUGCAACAUCUUCGGGUCACCUGUCAGAAUCUUCUAAAGUGAAUGAUGCAAUAGUAAGCAGUUUGCAUUCCAGUGACCAUAAACCGGAAGACCUUGAUCGCAGUUUUGAAGCAGUUAUUGAUUCUCAUACAGACAAGGGUGAUCAAUUAUCUGAUGAUCCUUCUCAACUUAAAUCAGAAUUGGAGGGCAUAACAGGUUUGUUAGCCAUGCAGAAAAGUGCUUCAGAACAGAAACAUGGUUCUGGGCUUCCUGAAGAGCACUCCAAUCCAGGAGGAGCUAUGUUAAACUCUCAGGGACUGCCUAGUCAGCGUAAAAUGGUAGCAUGUUCUGGAAAAUCUUCUUCCAGUUCAACCACUCUAUUUAUUUCUAAAUCAUCCUCUCCCGACAAUGUUAAAUCUGUUGAUGAUCUAAUUACUAAUCCUAUUGCUAAACCACUAAUGACACCUGACAGUAAUGUCAAUACAAGGAAAGAUCGUGUCAGGGAUGAAGAUAGGGUUGACUUGCCAAGGAAAAAUUUGAAAGAGCGUCCAAAAUCAUUACUAAAUAAUGUUCCAAAGCCUUUGCACUCAAGCAGGAGUUCACACGAUUCUCUUUCUAAGAAAGCAACACCAGAAUCAAAAGAUAACGUGCAUUGUGCUUCUUCCAAGACAUCUUCAACUGCAACAACUUUUUCUGCUUCUAGUGAGCCUAGUGUAUCACUCCAUCAUCAGAAAGCUAUGCAUACAAACAGUAGAAGUUCAGCUUCAGGGGUGCCCCAAAAAGUUGAAAAGUUUAACCAACCAUCUUCACAGUCCUCAAAAAUUAAUCAAAAUCAUGUGCCAUCUGUGUGCCCACCCGUUUCAUCAAGUUCUCCAGCAACACUUAGUGAUGAGGAGCUUGCUUUAUUACUACAUCAAGAACUCAACAGCUCUCCUAGAGUACCCCGUGUGCCACGUGUCCGCCAUGCUGGUAGUGUACCUCAGUUGGCUUCUCCAACCACAACAAGCAUGCUAAAUAAGCGGACAUUAAGUUCUGGAGCAAAAGAUCACAGUUCGGUUCCCAGAAGGAAAUACAGGGACGCUUCCAGAGAUGGCUUCCGUAGUUCCCGUGAGGUUGCCGAUGAAGGUAAAAAGAUGGACAAGGUUUCAUCCUCUCAUGAUUCCAAAAGGCAAGAUCCUGAUUAUACGGAAGAAGCUUCUACCAAGAAGGAAGACAAUGGAUCCCCAACUGCAAUGGAGACUUUCAAGAGGAAUAUCCCUUCUAAUUCUGUUGCCACUACAAAUGGUGGACCAUCUGCAUCCGCUGAGGCUAAUGAGCGCAAUUUGCCUUCUAUAAGAAGUUCACCUAGGAAUACCUCUGAUGAUGAUACUGGCACAGUUGGUGAUGGUCCUGUUCAUCGUACUUUACCAGGAUUGAUUAAUGAGAUUAUGAGCAAAGGCAAGCGGAUGACGUAUGAGGAGCUCUGUAAUGCUGUGUUGCCGCAUUGGCAUAGCUUGAGGAAGCAUAAUGGAGAGCGUUAUGCUUACGCAAGUCAUUCGCAGGCUGUUCUUGAUUGCUUGAGGAAUCGACAUGAAUGGGCCAGAUUGGUUGACCGUGGUCCCAAGACAAAUUCAAGUAGAAAACGACGCAAGCUUGAUGAGGAUUCUGAGGACAACGAGUAUGGAAAAGGAAAAACCACGAAUCAGGCAGAAAGCAAAAGCCUUGAAUCACAGAAAGAAGAGGUCCCUAAGGGCAAGAGAAAUGUGCGAAAACGAAGGAGACUAGCUCUUCAAGGAAGGGGAGUAAAAGAUAUUAGGAAGAGACGAAAAGCUGAUGUGAUCACAGACGAGGACUUUGGAACAUCUUCAGAUUCCAGUGAAGAGAGCUUGUCCAGCGAAGAUGAGAUGCAGGGAGGCCAAGCACAUCCAGAAGGAAGUGAUGCCUCAGCUAGUUCAGACGAGACAGGGACAACAUAAUUGGAGGCCGUUCGGGUUAAUUCCAAUGCGAAGAUCCAGAGAGGCAGAAACAAAAGCUUCUCGGGAACACCAUUGUUAUUUUGAUUGGAAGGCCGAGUCUGUGGGGACUCCCAGUGGACCUCACUCGCCUCUGAGGUUCAUGUUCAUUUGAUGAGUGGUCUUACACGGCUGGACCUGAAAAUUGCUGUUGUAGAACACUUGAUGUACAUAUAUGAAUUCUAUUUCUUCUUGUUAGUGAUAAUGUAUGUGUUCUUGUUAGGAGGGGAGCCUUUGUCUUUGUUGAGAAAGGGCAUAAAAUAGGUAAAGCCAUUAAAGUAGUAGAUGUAAAUUUUGACAGGUAGCAAAUAAUUUCACAUAUUUCUUUCUCUGGCAA